GAUGACGAUUUCAAACACCCGAGCACUAGACACCUGUCUCUCCUACUGGUACCAAGCCGCCCUCAUCCUUUCCUCCCAUCCACAUCCGCCAUUUUCAUCCGACCCAAGCCACUCGAUCGACCCACUCGUCCAUCACCUCAUCCAAGACUUUUUACCUCUGGCCUUCUCAUGGUCCACCCUCGCCCUUGAAGACAUCUACCGUCAUCGUCAGUCAAAGACCAUGGGCCCAAACGUGCUUUCCCUCUUGAAACGCGCCUAUGGCGUUUUCGGUUGUCUGAGCGAAUCGGAAUUCAGCAAGAGACCCGAAGUGAGAAACACCAGUAAGGUCUUGAUGGGUUAUCUUUGGGGUCAUGUGAGGUCCGAGGUCAUGCGUGGUUUGAGAAACCUAUGCCUGUGUCGUUUGAUCAACCUAAUGAAACGGUCAAAAGGAUCAUACUAUCAAAGUUGGAGAAUUACCGAGCGAUCAUGCAACUGGAACCGUCCGAAAGCGAAUUGAGCCAAGCACCCAUGGAUACAGGCUUGAAACGAACCGUGACCGACCUGGUCCGUUUCUACACCUCGACACCUCGGUCCGAACCUCGCCCCGACUCGUGGCCAUUGAUGUCUGACGUCUUGACCGACGGUAAGGACCAUGCAGAGUAUUGGAAGGAGAUUGGUCAAGAUGCAGAGCUGGGCAGAAGGUACGAGAUCGGUUCGAGGUUUUUACACGGACACGGACAGUCGUAGAGUUUUAAAAAACAGAGUUUGUUGUCUGUGUGGGAAUGAGAUGAACCGCUUUG